ACAAAUCUGGGUGGCGUCACCAUCAAUGCAAUCCUACUCGGUAAACCUUGGUCCAAUUGCUUCUGCAGAGACUUCUAAGGGGAACUUCUAGUAUCUACCUCAAACUUCGCACUCUCGGAGACAUUCUCCUGUUGCAUUAUGUUUUGUCAGCAAAUUGCAAUGCAUUCAUGACUGGGCAGGAGCAUCAGCGACAAUGUGAAGACAUAUAUAUUCUAGACCUUCAUACAGGUUGUACGACUUAACCUUUCGCUAUUUAGUUAUCUAAAACUCACCUUACCUUGGUAAACCGUCACAAAAUACCCCUCUUCUUUGCUUCUGAAAUUUCGAUAUAGUCAACCACACACAAUCUCAACCAUGGCAAAUUGGCCCGAUGUCCCUACCAAGCCCGCGGAGGGCAUCUCUUACUUUACUCCGGCUCAAACACCCCCUGCCGGUACAGCUCGAAACCCGCAGACUAGUGGGAGGCCAAUUCCAAAGCUUUUCCAACCUCUCACAGUCAGAGGACUGACAUUCCAAAACCGCCUGGGGCUGGCGCCUAUGUGUCAAUACAGUGCGGAUGACGGCCACAUGACUCCGUGGCAUUUGACCCACUACGGCGGCAUUGCUCAACGUGGCCCUGGUUUGAUGAUCAUUGAAGCAACUGCGGUUGUUCCCGAAGGCCGUAUCACUCCAGGCUGUGUUGGCUUGUGGAAGGAUUCCCAGAUUGCACCUAUCAAGCAGGUCAUCGAAUUUGCACAUAGCCAAGGCCAGAAAAUCGGUAUCCAGCUGGCGCAUGCUGGGCGCAAAGCUUCCACAGUGGCACCUUGGCUCGGUGGAGUCAUUGCCACCGAUGCUGUUGGUGGCUGGGUUGACAAUGUGAAGGGUCCCAGCGCCAUCCCAUUCGCACCGGAUGAUAUUAUCCCUAAGGCAAUGACCAAGGAAGAUAUUCAGGAGCUCAAGGACGCUUGGGUUACUGCCGCCAAGCGCGCUCUGGCUGCUGGGGCUGAUUUCAUUGAGAUUCACAAUGCCCACGGAUAUUUGCUCUCAUCCUUCCUCAGUCCUGCAGCCAAUCAGCGGACCGACGAAUACGGUGGCAGCUUUGAGAAUCGACUCCGCCUCCCCUUGGAAAUCGCUAAGUUGACCAGGGAUACUGUUGGCCCCAAUGUCCCGGUCUUCCUGCGUGUUUCUGCCACUGACUGGCUGGAAACCAGCAUGCCCGAGGAGAAAGGCUGGAAGGUCAACGACACAGUCAGAUUUGCAGAGGCUCUGGCCGAACAAGGCUGUGUCGACUUGAUCGAUAUCAGCAGUGGUGGUGUACACAGUGCUCAAAAAGUGAAGUCGGGUACUGCUUUCCAGGUUCCUUUUGCAGCAGCUGUAAAGAAGGCUGUUGGUGAUAGGAUGCUGGUUGCUGCUGUGGGCAUGAUCAAUAGCGGCACCUUGGCUGACCAGAUUCUCAACGAAAAUGAUAUCGAUGUCAUCCUUGUCGGACGGGCUUUCCAGCGUGAUACCGGCCUUGCUUGGCACUUCGCUAAAGAUCUCGAUGUUGAAAUUGCCAUGGCUGCUCAGAUCCGCUGGGGAUUCACCAGCUUCCGGAAUGCCUCGGAAUACAUACAGCCCAACUCUAUGAAGGCAUCGAUUUUCGAAUGAUCGAUCCAUUCUGUAUUUUGCGAGGUCGUUCAUUUGGAGUUAUGAAGAAUUGCAUUGAGUAGGCGCAUAGAUAUAGAUCAUAGAACAUGUGUUUGAGAUAUAAUAGACUAUAGAACCUUUUCAAAUUAUACUGAAAAGCCCUUCGAUCAAUCGAGUAUGUAUACACUAAGCCCACUUCGGC